GAGACUCAGUGAGGAGACAGAAGUCCUUGUCGUGUCUGGGGUUGAAUGGAAAGUUUCUCACUCCUUAUAGAAUAAAAAAAAGUAGGAGAAUGGCCCACAAUAGAGUUGUCCAAUGGUCUACGAUGUCCCGAAUUUGGUGGCUAUAUGAUGCUAAAUACCAGUGUCCAUUCAGGUCGUCUCGGCUCAUUGCUGGAUAUUUACAGGGAAAACACAAACCAAUCUACCAUGCACUGUCUGAUGUAGGAGAUCAUGUAGUGGUCAUUAAUUCUCGUCACAUUGCUUUGAGGGAGCAGCUGUGGAGAACAUUUACAUUCAGUCAUCACACAGGAUAUGCUAGAGGCUUUUCAAGAACACCUGCUUGGAGAUUGCAUUCAAUGGAACCAACUAUGAUUGUGGAGAAGGCUGUCUAUAGAACUUUACCUGGUACUCUGUUGAGGAGGAAAUACAUGAGAAGGCUUCACAUCUAUCCAGACGAGAAUGUACCCCCUGAAAUCCUUGGCAAUGUUUGUGAUCAGAUACCACAAAUACAAAUAAUUCCUAAAUGUUUAGAUGAAUACACUGCAGAGGAAAUUCAGUCAUUCCCAAAACUGUUUGACUGGAGCGAAGAUUAUGUUAUUGAACGAGUGCUAGAAAAAACGACAGAAGACACAAAGAAAUAGUUGUGUUAAUGUUUUGUGAUAAGUGAGUGAAAAUGCCCCCCCCCCUUUUUUUUUUACCAGAAUGACUGAAUGGUGUGUAUUAUGUGAUGCACUAUGGAAUACGGUGUAUAUGAAUAUAGAAUUGUGCCAAAUGACGUCUUUAAUAGAUUGGAUAUUGUGUGUGUGAUCAGAAAUGGUGUGAAGAAAAUAAAGUGAUUGAAAAAAGAAA